GUUUGUAAUAGAAGGAACGACGAUUGGGAAAAGUGCUAGUUUGUGUGAUCUUGGUCGCAAAAAGAGGACAUUAAAUCGUUGAAAGAGUUGAUAAGACUGUCGAAAAAAACCGAUGGCGUCGUCCGAGGAGCAAGUGUGUCGAGCGUGGGAAGAGAACGAGCGGCAGCACGACGACAGUUUCUUGGCUCCGAUCGUGUUGCACAUUCAAGACAUCCAUCAGCUGAUUGGUCGCCAAGAGGAACUUCCCCCUCCUCCGCAGGCAAGGAGCUCCAGUGUGGACAAUCCACAGCCCUGCCACAUUAAAGAGGAAGAAGAGGAAGUGGACGUCAGCGAGUUACCACUGACUGUCGUCGUCGUGAAGAGCGAAGACGACCAAGAUGAAGCACUCGAGUGGUCAGAGCUUCAUCAUCACAGUCCAAGCGGAGACUACCGCGGACGACCACCACUACGCAAGCUCUUAGCUCCACUGUCACAUAGUCACAGCACGGAAAAACCCUUGAAGAGCGAUGCAGACUGCAAGGGUGAUGAGAAACACUCCAAAAAGGAGACGACUCUUGACAAGAAAACGUCUCACGCGCACACGAGAGGUCACAGACCAAAAGAAUCUUUAACCUGCUCAGUUUGUGGUCGAAGACUAAUGAAAAAGUCAGACAUGGAGGUACACAUGAGAACGCACACAGGUGAAAAAACAUUUAGUUGUUCAGUUUGUGGCGAUAAAUUCCGCCACAAGGUCUCUUUGGUUGCCCACACAGCAACACAUACGGGAGAAAAACUUUUCACUUGCCCCUUUUGUAAAAAAAGCUUUUCUUAUAAGCACCGUUGGAAAGCACACAUACAGACGCACACGGGAGAAAAACCUUUCAGCUGCUCAGUUUGCAAUGACAGCUUUUCAUAUAAGUACGAUUUGACAAGACACGUGAGAACACACACAAGAGAGAAACGCUUUAGUUGUUCAGUUUGUGGUGAAAGCUUCGCACAAAAGGCCAAUUUGAUUGCACACAGCAUAACACACUUAGAAAAUCCUUUUACCUGCUCAGUUUGUGGUAAAAGAUUUGCGGUAAAAGACAACAUGAGUCGACACAUGAGAACGCACACUGGAGAAAAACCUUAUUGUUGCUCAGUUUGUGGUGAAAAAUUUGCUCACAAGGCCUCUUUGACUGCGCACACGGCAACACACACGGGAGAAAAACCAUACACGUGCUCAGCUUGUGGUAAAAGCUUUUCCUAUAAGCAGAAUUUGAAUGCACACAUGCGGACACACAACGGAAAAUAAACGUUUAUCUGUGCUAAAACAUGCACUCGCCAUGCGCCCCCUCCCUAUUUCCCAUUUGAGGCCAUUUCACUUUUGCCAGAGAUUUAUGGAAAUACAGUAUAUAGGUCAUUCUCAUAAAAUUUUAUUAAUAACUGAAGGCAUACACCACUGAUUUUCAUUUUGAAAAUCAAUAAAUUUCACUGAUAUGAGUAUUUGAAUUAUUGGCAGUCGUUAUCAGUCAUUAAUUCAUUCAUUCAUCUUCCUCACGUGGGUCGCGAGGGGUGCUGGAGCCUGUCCUAGCUAUUGUCUUUAUGAAAACAAAGUUCUAAAGUAAUAUUUUUCACUAUUUUAAUGCCAAAAUGUCUCUACCGUUAUGUGUCCCAAAUGAAAUUUCAUGAUUUGUAACAUGUUGUCUGAAGAUGCUAAUUACAUUUCGCGUUAUAUAGGAUUUUCUCCCUCUUGCUAAAUAUCGGUUUUCCAAGAAACUUCCACAGAUGCAUCUUAGCGUCUUAAUCAGAAUCUUGUCUUUUUGGGAAGUCAAGAAUUCAAGUCCAAUAAAUAGCUUGAAAUGGUACAAACUAAAAUAAGUGGUGAACCACCAGAGGUUAAAAAAACUGGGCAAAGUUACCCAAAACUGAGAAAUAAUGUACAUUUCAGAUUUAUUCAAAACUGGACAAAAGAAUGAAAGCAAUACAAGCUACAAGUACCACACAAUUAUGGGAACUUCCGCAACAGAGUUGGGAGGAACUUUCUGAAGAAUAGUUGAUUUCCAUUUUAGACUUAAUGCCACAAGUUUGUUCAGCUGUUGUAUCUGCACAAGGUGGCUUCUUUAAUGAGUCAAAGAUUUAGAAUACAUUUUUGUUUGUAGAUUGAUUCCAUGAUUUCUUUUGUAACUUGAAUCGUUUAUUUGCUCUGCGCCUUCAUUUGAUUG